AUGUCGAUGCAACACGAUUUCAUUCACCCGCGUCAGCUGGAUGACGUGCGGGCUAUUCACGCUGCCAUCCAGUCCUUCAGCAGCGACAUGGCCAAGAUGAUGCUCCUGAUGAAGGAGCUCGGGACUACGCUGGAGCAGGUCAGUCACUCGUUUGACGCCCUCACCUCUCUCAGCUUCAGCACCCCCGAGGUAAAGAAGUACGUGCAUCACUUUGCCGAAGAGGUUCUACGCAUGAAGGAGGGCAUCGCUUUUCGCAACUACAACAAGCUCGUACAUGAGGAGGUGCUGUUCCCGGUCGAGCGGCUGAAAACGUCCCUGAAGGAGACGGAAAAGGCAGCCAAGGCGGAGAAAAGCGCCUUCGAUAAGUACAAGAAGGCAAAGCUGCUCGUGGAUAAGCAGGAGAAGUCGUAUGCUGAGAAGAGUAAGGCACUUGACACGAGCAAAUCCUAUCCCACCCACGUGCAGGCGCGCAAUCAGUCGCUCGCCUCGCUGCAGCGCUCUAAAAACGAAUUCGAGGACAAGUUCGUGACAUUGGUGAGCGAAGUGGAGAAGGUAACGGCCACAGCACUCAAGCACUACCUCCACCUCAACGCCGGUUACAUGACGUCUGUGGUGGACGCGCUGACCAAAACAGAUCCUACCGUCGAGGAGGCUGUGGCCCUCUACCGUCAAGAACAGGAGCAGCAGCGGCUGAGCGCCAUCAAGCAGCGCUGCGCGCAGGUGAAUUCGGAGCUCGAUGCCUCGUAUGCCUCGCAGGGGUACCGACUAGGCCCGAAUGGGAGGAAUGACAGCCCGCGCGACAGCAGCAACAAACAGGAGCCUUCAAGCAGCUUCCGCAAACCACAUCAGCUCCCCAUCAGGGUCUCACCAAAUCAAUCGCCUCUCCCUAGCGAGUCCUCACCGGGGAUGCCGCUCGCCAGCACCGCUUCGGUGUCACCUAACCGGGGCACAUCAGUGGCAAAGAUGGACACCUCGAAGCCUACGGCAGUAGCAGUCACCACUAAGACGACCCCCGCCGUUGCUGCGGCCUCAUUACCGGUGGAAAAUGCGGGCCUGCUGAGACGAAACGCCGAUGUCAGUAUUGACGACGAGGACUUCGGCUCCAUUUCGCAGGUGGGGUCGGCCGGCAGGGUGGCGCCGCCGCUGUACAGCUUUAGCCGUGGCCCGCAGUCGCAGGUGUCAUCCGCACCACCACAACCUGGCUACACCACUGCUCUGAACGCCACACUGCUGGCCGAAUUCAUGACUCGCAUGGAGGCGAAGACCAUCACUUCCUCUGAGGUGUGCGUCCCCCCUCAGAAGCAGAAGUAA